UUUGAAACCCCGUACGUGGUUCGUCUUCACAACGUCAACUCCUUCGCUGAAGCCAUUCCCAUGUUUACAUUUGUGCACCCGAAUCGAUCACAGAAGGACAAUUCACGAUUUAAGAGUGUUAGCUUUGAUGUUGAAGAGGAUACCGUGUUACAUGGAUUUGCAGGGUAUUUUGAUACCAUACUCUUUGGUGAUGUCACACUUAGUAUAAAUCCCAAAACACACUCCGAUGGAAUGUUCAGCUGGUUUCCUAUAUUCUUCCCCAUCAAGGAACCAAUUUAUGUUCAUAAAGGUGAAAAAGUAUCUGUUAGCUUUUGGCGUAACUGUACGGCCAAGAAUAUAUGGUACGAAUGGUGUGUCACAAGUCCCAUCGUCAAACCAAUACACAACUCAAAUGGAAGAUCUUAUACAAUUGGUUUGUAAUUUACAGGUAGCCUAAGUGGUAUUGAGCAGAGUCAGGCAAAACUAAGGGGCCAUGUUGACCAAAAAAUAUCAGUGUUUUAUUACACUACAGUGGAACAUUUUUUUUUUAAAUCAGAUUUUAUUUAAUUUCUCUGUCAUGGAUAUAUAUUGCAAAAGCCGUUCAAAAGAUAAUAUACAAUGUCAUCAAGAUGUUCUUAAUAAUUAUAUCCACUGUCUGCAACCUUUUCACUGCCAUUGUUAAUGUUGCCACCCUAGGCUCAGUAGUUUGUAAAACUUGUUGAUUAAAAGUUAAAAUCUUUAAUCAAAACUUUAAACUCACUGAUGUUCAGUAAAAGCUGUCUAAUAAAUUAUUGAUCUGAACUGAUAGUAUCCAUUAAAUUCUCCAACUUGCUGCUGA